UACUAAGAUUAAAUGUCAAAAAACCUGCUGAAAGCAGCUGUAUCAACUUUUCCUGUGUUUUUAUACAGUAUUUUUGUUUAAUUAUGUUCAUUUACCGUGGUUAAAUAGUAAAAUAUAACAAAAUGUCGAGCCGUCGUUCGUUGCUCGGAUCGGCUUUAGAUUCGUUGCCGGCUCCAACAGACCCAUUACGUGAAUUGUUUGAAGCUUGCAAAACAGGAGACGCAAAUCGAGUGAAAAAGUUGGUAAAUUCUCAAACUGUAAACGCAAGGGAUACUGCAGGACGCAAAUCUACGCCUCUUCACUUUGCUGCAGGUUAUGGUCGCCGUGAAGUAGUUGAGAUCCUCAUAGCGGGUGGUGCAGCACUUCAAGCUCGCGAUGAAGGUGGUCUGCAGCCGUUACACAAUGCAUGUUCCUUUGGUCAUGCCGAUGUGGUCAGGGCAUUACUGUCUGCAGGAGCUCCACCGGCAGCUAGGGAUAAUUGGGGCUACACACCCUUACAUGAGGCUGCUGCUAAAGGGAAGGUUGACGUCUGUAUUGCAUUACUUCAACAUGGAGCUGAUCCCAACAUACGAAAUACAGAAGGGAAGACACCGCUUGAUCUAUCCGAUUCUGUAGCGAGGCCAGUGCUCACAGGUGAAUACUGCGCCUCCGACGUGCUGGAAGCAGCCAGGUCAGGUGCAGAUGACCGUCUGGCGUCACUACUAACCCCACUAAACGUGAACGUACAUGCCAGUGAUGGAAGGAGAUCCACAGCCUUACAUUUAGCAGCCGGCUACAACAGGGCAAGGGCGGUGAGGCUGCUUCUCCAGAGAGGAGCAGAUGUUCACGCCAAGGAUAAAGGCGGUCUCGUGCCCCUGCACAACGCAUGUUCCUAUGGACAUUAUGAAGUGACAGAAUUAUUGGUGCGAGCUGGUGCUGAUGUGAACGCGACUGAUCUGUGGGCCUUUACACCUUUGCAUGAAGCUGCUAGCAAGGCGAGGUUGGAGGUCUGCUCGCUACUACUCAGCGAAGGUGCAGACCCGACAUUACUGAACUGCCAUGGAAAAUCAGCUUUAGAUGUUGCACCAACGAGAGAACUUCGCGAUCGACUCGCCUUUGAAUAUCGUGGCUACUGUUUAUUGGAGGCGUGUCGGCUAGCUGAACCAACUAGAGUGAAGAAACAUUUGUCAAUAACCAACUCACAGGACGUCCAAUCAGUCAGCGGUCAAUCGAUAGCGGGUUCGAUUCCAAAUGAAAGAAUAACUGAAUUAGUUAACUUUCAACACCUUAGUACAGGUGAUCGACCCCUGCACUGUGUGGCUGGUAGUGUUUAUCCAAAACGAAAACAGGUUAUAGAGAGCCUUCUACGCAAAGGCGCACGUGUCAACGAAAAGAACAACACGGGACAAACUGCCUUACACGUAGCCACCGAACACUCGCAUUUAGACGCCAUGGAUCUCUUGUUACGACAUGGUGCGAAGGUUAAUGCAUGUGAUGGUCGCGGAGAGAGUGCUUUGUCGUUGGCAGCGCGAAGAGAUUCGGCUGCCGCUUGUCGGUUACUGUUAGCAUGUGGGGCGGAUACCCUGGACUCGCAACAUACACAGCAUGAUGCAUGCUCAAACGCGGCCGCUCUUCGGCUUCUAGAAGCAGCUAGAACGGGUGAUGUAGAAACUGCUAGAACUAUAUUGGAUUCUCGGCCGCGAUUGGUGAAUUGUCGUGAUGUUGAUGGGAGGCAUUCAACACCAUUGCAUUUUGCUGCUGGAUACAACAGACUGCCACUAGCACAGCUUCUUCUUCAAAGAGGUGCUGAUGUUCACGCUAAGGAUAAAGGCGGUCUAGUGCCCCUACACAACGCCUGUUCGUACGGCCACUUUGAAGUGACAGAACUGUUGGUGUCGGCUGGGGCUGGGGUCAACGCUGCUGACUUGUGGCGUUUCACACCCUUGCACGAGGCUUCUGCUAAGGGCAAGGCGGACAUCGUCAGACUGCUUUUGAAGCAUGGAGCUGACCCAACGCGUAGGAAUCGCGAUGGUUUAACCCCACUCCAGUUGGUGCGAGCUGGUGAUAGUGAUACGGCUGAUGCGUUGAGGGGUGAUGCAGCGUUGUUGGAUGCGGCUAAGAGGGGAGACCUCGCCAGAGCUAGAAAACUAAUAACUGCACAAAACGUCAAUUGCCGUGACGCGCAUGGAAGGAAUUCUACGCCUCUUCAUCUCGCAGCCGGCUAUAACAACCUGGAAGUAGCAGAGGCCCUUCUAGAAGCGGGGGCAGCUGUAUCAGCCAGAGACAAGGGGGGGCUGGUGCCGCUUCACAAUGCAGCAUCGUACGGGCAUUUAGAAGUUGCAGCGUUGUUAUUACGAGCCGGAACGCCCCCCAAUGCUGCUGAUCGGUGGGGAUUUACCCCCCUUCAUGAAGCUGCCCAUAAAGCCAGGACCCAAUUGUGCUCUUUGUUGCUAGCUCAUGGGGCAGAUCCCUUCCUGAAGAACCAAGAGGGACAAACAGCCCUGGAACUAGCAGGAGCAGACGACGUACGGUCCCUACUGUCAGAUGCAAUGACGGGAGCGGCUGGUGGUUCUGCCGAAUCGGAGGCUGUGUCCAUCCCCACAGCCUCACUCUUACCCCCACCACAGCUGCCGGUGCUCUUGCCCAGUGGGGAUACAGUGCCACUUCCGCUACCGGUAAUGGCAAGCAAUUACUGGUCGGAGGGAUCCAGAGGAAGCUUGGAAGACGCAGCGGGUAGACCUGCAUCAGCCCUCUCCACUUCUGAAUCUCUGCAAACGUUUCUUACUAGCAUCGGCCUAGAGCAGUUGGCGACGGUAUUGGAAAGAGAACAGAUCACGGUGGACAUCCUCUCGGAGAUGUCUCAUGAGGAUCUCCGGGCGAUAGGUGUGGCUGCGUACGGGCACAGACACAGAUUGAUGAAAGCAGCCAGACACAGUCUCCAAUCACACUCUGAAUGGUACGGCGGUACGACCCUCGUCGAUGUGGCAUGUAGCGCCGGGGAGUGUGGGGAUAGUGAAUAUGUGAUAAUAGAGAGAGAGAUGCAGGCCUCGGUGAGAGCUCAUCGUGAUCACGCCGGGGGACACUUCACCAGAUACAACGUUGUUAGGAUACAAAAAAUUGUGAACGGCCGCCUUUGGGAGCGUUACGCGCGUAGACGCAGCGAGGUGACUGAAGAGGCGGGGGGCGCGAGUGAACGAAUGCUGUUCCACGGGUCACCGUUCAUCAACGCUAUCGUUCAGAAGGGAUUUGAUGAACGACACGCUUAUAUUGGUGGAAUGUUCGGCGCUGGAAUAUACUUUGCCGAACAUUCGUCGAAGAGUAAUCAGUAUGUUUAUGGGUUCGGCGGUGGAUCCGGCUGUCCGGCCCACAAGGACCGGAGCUGCUAUCUCUGUCAUAGACAAAUGCUGCUUUGCCGUGUAACAUUAGGGCGGGGCUUUCAACUAGCCACUGCGAUGAAGAUGGCCCAUGCCCCUCCGGGGCAUCAUAGCGUUGCCGGCCGUCCCACUACCGGGGGGCUGUGUUACCCUGAGUACGUUGUUUAUAGAGGGGAACAGGCAUACCCCGAAUACCUUAUAACGUAUCAAAUAGUCUGCGAAGAGGAGCCACAAGGUGACGUAUAGGUGACAGUUUGACGUUAAAUGUCAGUAUUGUAGCUAAUGACAUGUGUCAGUUCCUCUAAUAUUGCCAGUGCAAAACCGAUUAGCAUAAUUUGGUGGUGAAUUGUUCGUUAGGUAUUUUGUAACGAAAAAAUAAAGUUUCACGAGACGAGCUAUGUAAAAUUGACAGAAAUGUCAAAUGUCAUUUAAGCGUUGUAUAAUUUUUUAAAUGUUAGACAUGAAAAUGUCAAAAUUUACCAAUAAAAUGCAACUUAAAUGUCAAUCACACUUUUUAAUUUGAAUAUUUGAAUAUGUCUUGCAUUUAAGUCUAUCAAAUGUCAGUAUUCUAAUGACAUAAUGUAAAUGUCAAUUGAACGAAUGUGAAUUGUAUGUGAUGUAUUUGACAACGCAAUUUUCUUAAAAGUAUUACGAGACGAGCGAUGUAAUUUUGACAGAAAUGUCAAAUGUCAUUUAAAUCCUAAGCGUUGUAUAAUUAUUCAAAUGUGAGACAUGAAAAUGUCAAAAUUUACCAAUAAAAUGCAAAUUAAAAUCUGUCAAAUAUCAGUAUUUGAAUGACACGUCAACUUAAAAAUUGUAAUGGCAUAUGUCAAUGUCAGUAUUCUAAUUACAUCUAAUGACAUUCAAGAAAAGUGUGUCGUUUUGGAUAAGGAAGGCUUUCUUUGUAAUAAACCUCUACUGGUAAAAAAAGAAUCAUGCGUACUUGCGGUACGUUUUCGGUGCAAUGCCAUCUAAUAAAUUUGACGUUUCAUGUCAAUUUCACAUAAUGACAUAUGUCAGAAUGUGUUGUGUUAGUUAGGAAUUAAUUUUGAUCCUUGAUCAGAGGUUUUUGGUUCAAAUCCAAAUUUAUUUCUCCUUUACAAAAACCACCUAUUUUGUGAAUUUAGACUUAUAUGAAUUUCGAAACGGACACAAAACUGUGUCUGAAGCGAGUGUUGGAACGUGUAAAUAUUAAAAGCCAAUUGAAAGGUUGUUAUACUGUUCGUUAAAUAUAGGAAUCGUGUUCAAUUAAAUCUACAAUUGUAGAUUUUCUCGUAUCUAAGAUGCUUAUGGUUGUAUCGUCAUUGGUAUAAUAUCCUUACACCCUGUUUUUGACUUUCUAAUAGUUUUGGCUUGGUCUAUAACGGCAAAAUAGCAAAGUUAAUAUACAAAAUCGAUAGUUUUGGAUCACCAACACUGAUGUGUUACGGCCCAUUAGUACAGGUUGUGCAUGACAAAAAAUCCAAAUCUUAGAAGUUAUGAAUGUGAAAUUAAAAAAAAAUGCUUUUUAAAUGCUAUUUUUAUUAGUAUUAUUUUAUCAACGUUUUGCUAUAUUUACACCCUGUAUACUCUAUACUGCGUUAUUGACUUACGCCCAUUAUAUGUUAAAAAUACGAGUCGUUGUUGCUACGGGUCGUUUUAUUGUGAGCCUCGUGCUUUAGUACGAUCCUAGCGUAAUAUAGCCUCAUCUAAUAAAAUAAAAGAAAAUGGAUAAAGUAGUAUACUUUACGACCUAUUAAAUAUAAAAUUCAUAAAUAUCGGUUCCACCGUUCUGGAGGAGUGUGAUCACAAAAACUGUAAUUUAUAUAUUUACUACGACCCGUGGCAGCUUCUAAUUUUGAUAUCAAAUCUCAAAUUUCAUUUUACGUUCGCGUACGUAUACGUCGUACGUUCGUACGUAUGGUCGUCGAUUUUAGCUUUAGAGAUUGAGCUAAGAGAUAGUGACAAUUUGUAAAAAUAAGGAGUAUGAUGAGCUGACCUUCAGUAGUGGAGAGGCACUUCAAGAAGAAGAAGAGAGUGUUGGAAAUUGAAAGAAUACAAAGUUCAGCUUUUAUCAUAGCUUAGCAUAGCUCAGAAAAUGCAGAGUACAGACGCUGCAUUAUUUUCGUUACGCGUUACGUUCUUAUGACCUGGCUUUGGGUGAACUAAAUUUACGUGGUUACUUUCAUAAUACAAAAGCCAAGCAAUGAGUGCGUAAAGUACGUAUGGUCUCUAAACUUCAUACGUUUCUCAUGUAUACGAACGUAUUCAUUGGUGUACGCAUUCGUUAGUACGUAUUCGUUCGUGUACGUAUUCAUUCGUGUACGCAUUCGUUAGUACGUAUUCGUUCGUGUACGCAUACGUCUUUCAAGCGUAAAUCUCUUAGUACAUUGUCUUUUAAUGUGAAAUAGAAUAAUUUUGUCCUACAAUUUAGACUAAGCAGGCAUUCUAAGCUAUUGCUUAUUCAAUUUUUAAGCUGUUAAGAAUGUUAUUUAUAAUAUAUUGGGUCAAAUAAGUGUGGCAUAGAAUGUUUGGAUAGGUGAAUGUGUCUCAAUGGCGCGUGUGUAGCGGUUUUUGAUAUUGUAUAUAUGUCGGAAUGAUUGUAUUAAAGUGAAUUUUUACAAA